AUGGCUGAAACUACUACUGAGAUCGACUACACGCUCAACAACCCCGAUACCCUGACCAAGUACAAGACCGCCGCCCAGAUCUCCCACAAAGUGCUCGAGGCUGUCUCAGGAUGGUGCGUUGAGGGAGCAAAGAUCGUCGAGCUCUGCGAGAAGGGCGACAAGCUGCUGGACGAAGAGGUGGCCAAGGUCUACAAGGGCAAGAAGGUGUCCAAAGGCAUAUCUCAUCCGACGACGGUGUCUCCCAGCUCCUAUGUGACGCCAUACACUCCGCUCACCUCAGAUGCGGAAGAGGCUGCCACCGAGCUCAAGGCCAACGAGGUCGUCAAGAUCCAGCUGGGUGCUCAGAUCGAUGGCUUCGGCACCAUCGUCUGCGACACCAUCGUCGUGGGAGGCAAUGUCACCGGCCGCGAGGCUGACCUGUUGCUGGCCACCCACUACGCCAACGAACUGCUGCUCAGGCUCAUGGUGCCCCCCGGACUCGCUGCUCAGGGCACAGAGGAAGAGAAGAAGAAGGCUGCCGCCGAGAAGCCUCCAUCUCAGGCUAAGAUAUCCAGCUUAAUCGAGAAAGUGGCCAAGUCAUACGACUGUACCGUCGUCGAAAACACCACCAGCUGGCUGUUUGACCGCAACGAGAUCGAGGGAACCAAGAAGAUCAUCGUAGCACCCGGCACCGGUGUCAAGGGUGAAGGCAGCCCCGAGGUCCAGGAGGUCUGGGGCGUCGAGGUCGGACUCAGCUUGGGAUCCGGCAAAGUCAAGACCCUCGAGCAUAGACCAACCCUGCACCGUCGUACCACCACCACAUACAUCCUCAAGAGACCCAGCUCCCGACAGACACUGUCUGAGAUUGUCAAGAAGUUUGGAACCUUCCCGUUCAGCUUGCGCCAGCUGGAUGACGAGCGUGCCGGCAAAGUCGGUGUCGUCGAGUGCGUACGAGGUGGCGUGGUGCGUCAGUACGAGCCGGCCGGAGAGGCAGACGGCUCUCCCGUUUCCAGGCUCUUGACUACAGUUGUCAUUUCGAAAAAUGGACUGAGCAGACUGGCUGCUCCACCACCACUUGACCUGGAGAAGGUCCAGUCAGACAAGAAGAUCACUGACGAGGAAGUGCUGGCCAUCCUGGAGCGUCCCCUGGCUAAGUCCACGGGAUCCAAGGGCAAGAAGAACAAGAAGAAGAAGAAGAAGCCGGCCAAGAAGGCUGCCGAGGAGGAAGAAGACGACGACGAAGAGGACUCUGACGAAGAGUAA